AUGUCGUGGGCUGGGUUGCCAUUUCUGCCUGGGACAUCGAGCCUUGUUGAGGAGCUAGACAAGAAACUGCUCGUUGUUCUUAGAGAUGGACGUAAAAUAAUCGGUAUCCUGCGCUCUUUCGACCAAUUCGCUAAUCUUGUGCUGGAGCGUACGACUGAGCGGAUUGUUGUUGGCGAGCAAUACUGCGACCUGCCUCUGGGACUGUACAUUAUCCGAGGAGAGAACGUCGUUCUGAUAGGCACACUUGACGAGCACAUGCCAGAAAUGCCUCCUAAUAUGGUUUCCGUUUCUUUACAGCAGAUUCGACAGGCCCAGAAAGAGGAAAAAGAGGCAUCCGAGCUCAAAGGAAUGUUGCGGAAGCAGAUGGAUUUCCUUGACAUUGAGUAG